UUCACCAAUGUACAAAAUCAGUUGUUGGCAAUAUGUAUCUUAGAUCACUGUAAAAUGUGUUUUUUUAUUCCAGACCUGCAAUAAUAGUAUUUAAAUAUAAGUAUUAGUAUUUUCAACAAGGUGUUUAAGCAGAGCUUAUACAAAUAAAUAAUGUAGAUUGUUAUUGCUGCAGUUUUCAUAUAUGAACUCUUAGGGCCGCUGUUGACCAGUGUGUGGAUGAGUGUGUGAAGGAUUUAAGCAGAACCUCCCUUGUUACAUCGAGAUCAUAAAGACGAGGCAAAGAAGGAGAACAUCGCAUUUUAUUUUCUGGAAUUCAGACGAAGAUUUGUGACCCUCUUCGAUUUAUUUUGUGGAUUAUAUUAAAAGUAAUGCUCACACUUGAUUGGAAUAACCAGAAUUUUUCGGAAGGGCAAACAAACAUUCUGUUGCAUCGAUGGGAAAACGCACGGAUCUAACAAUGGAAGGACAGACGCUGCUGUGUUUUGCUCUUUUUUUCUUUAGAUCGGGAAGCGGGCAAGUGAGCUACACCAUACCAGAGGAAAUGGCUAAAGGAUCGUUAGUGGGGAACGUAGCAAAUGAUUUAGGUUUAGAAACAAAGCGUUUUAUUUCAGGUAAGGCUCGGAUUUAUACGUCGAACAGUGACGAGUACGUGAGGCUGAGUAGAGAGAGAGGAGUCCUGCUCGUGAAAGAAAGGAUCGACAGAGAGGCGCUCUGCAAACAGACGACGCCCUGUGCGUUACAUUUUCAGAUUAUUCUAGAGAAUCCGAUGGAGUUUUAUAGUGUUACAAUCCAGAUUACAGAUAUUAAUGACAACGCACCUACGUUUGAGGGACAGAAGAUCGAAUUUAAAAUUAGUGAAUCAGCGAUUUCCGGGUCCAAAUUUGUGCUGGAGAGGGCUGUUGAUCUGGAUGUGGGGACAAACGAUCUCCAGAAGUACGAUUUAAACCCAUCAGACCAUUUUGCUCUGAAGCUCCACAACAGCGCUGAUGGAAACAAAAACGUAGAGAUGGUUUUACAGAAGCCUUUAGACAGAGAGAAGCAGGAGCAGAUCAAUCUGGUGUUAACGGCUGUAGAUGGAGGAGAGCCGCAGAUGUCAGGAACGAUGCAGAUUGUUAUUACAGUCUUAGACGUUAAUGAUAAUGCUCCUGUUUUUACACAGAAAACAUACAAAGCUACAGUGACUGAAAACUCACCUAAAGGCACCGUUGUUGCUACAGUUACAGCAUCAGAUGCAGAUGAAGGCUCUAACAGUAAAAUAACAUACUCGAUUACAAACACUUUAGAUGAUGUGAGAAAAAUAUUCAUCGUUAACAGAGAAAAUGGUGAAAUAUCUUUGAUUGGAAAUAUUAACUUUGAAGAGUCACAAAAUUUUCAAAUUAAUUUGCGAGCAAGUGAUGAUGGAGGCCUGACGGAUUCUUGUAAAUUAUCUGUAGAUGUACAAGAUGUAAAUGACAACAAGCCUGAAAUUAGCAUAAUGUCUAAGACAAAUGUAAUUUCAGAAGAUGCUAAACUAAAUACAGUUGUUACAAUGAUCCAUGUUGAAGACAAGGACACGGGAGAAAACGGAAAAGUUAAUUGCUUUAUUCUCGAGAAAAUAGAAUUUUCGCUAAAAUCCUCCACAAAUAAUUUCUACAGUUUAGUGACAGACAGCGAGUUAGACAGGGAGAGAGCCUCUGAGUAUAACAUCACGGUGAGCUGCUCUGAUGAAGGAGUGCUCUCCCUCUCCAGCAGCGUCACUCUCACCUUACAGAUCUCUGAUGUGAAUGACAACGCGCCUGUCUUUGAGAGGAGCUCAUAUGAGGCCUACAUUGUAGAAAACAACACACCAGGUCUCUCCAUAUUCACAGUGAACGCCACAGACGCUGACUGGAACCAGAAUGCCCGUGUUUCUUACAUACUGGAGGACUCCUCCGUUAACGGAGUUCCGGUCUCCUCAUAUGUGUCCGUUAGUGCUGAUAGCGGAGUCAUCCACGCAGUGCGCUCUUUUGACUACGAGCAGAUCAAAGACUUCCAGUUUCACGUUAAAGCGCAGGAUGGAGGCUCUCCUCCUCUCAGCAGCAACGUGAGUGUGAAAAUACUGAUCCAGGACCAGAACGAUAACCCCCCUCAGGUCCUGUACCCGGUCCAGACUGGAGGCUCCGUGGUGGCUGAGAUGGUGCCUCGUUCAGCAGAAGUGGGCUAUCUGGUGACUAAAGUGGUGGCUGUUGAUGUGGACUCUGGACAGAACGCCUGGCUCUCCUAUAAACUGCAGAAAGCCACAGACAGGGCGCUGUUUGAAGUGGGCUUACAGAAUGGAGAAAUCAGAACUAUCCGUCAAGUGACUGAUAAAGAUGCUGUGAAACAAAGACUGACUGUUAUAGUGGAGGACAACGGCCAGCCCUCUCGUUCAGCUACAGUCAUUGUUAACGUGGCGGUGGCGGACAGCUUCCCUGAAGUGCUGUCGGAGUUCACUGACUCUACACACGACAAGGAGUACAACGACAACCUGACUUUUUACUUAGUCUUGGCUCUGGCUGUAGUUUCCUUCCUCUUCAUCACCUGUUUAGUGGUUAUCAUCUCAGUGAAAAUCUACAGAUGGAGACAGUCUCGCAUCCUGUAUCACUCCAGCCUCCCUGUCAUUCCAUAUUAUCCACCACGUUACUCAGACACGCUGGGGACAGGAACUCUCCAACAUGUGUACAACUACGAGGUGUGCAGGACCACUGACUCCAGAAAGAGUGACUGUAAGUUCGGCAGAGCUGCUAGUCAGAACGUGUUGGUAAUGGACCCCAGUUCUACAGGAACCAUGCAGAGGAUGCAGGGUGAGAAGAGCAUCCUGGAUGAGCCUGACUCUCCUUUAGAGGUUAGUUUUUUGGAUUCAUUUACCCAUAUUUGCAUAUUUAGUUUUUUCAUCGCUUCUCAACUACAGUAUACCUUUUUUUUUUUUUUUUUUUUUUUUUUGCUGUUGCCCUCUGUUCACAAACCAUCAAACUCGGACAGACACACACAUUGUUAA